CCGAAAUCUUCUGCGUUCCGGUCGGUCAGUAGUCGGAUUACACCGCGUCUUUACUUGUCGCAUGGAGCUUUCAACUUCCAGCCAUCCAGCCUUGGCGGUCUUUCCUUUGCUCACGGACAAAGAGUUCGAUUCUGCUUGUCACCAAUUCCUCCAUCGGGUUCACGUGGCAAAUGAGUCGUUGAUGGGGCGGCUGACUGUUCAAUAUGCUCAACGGGUACAUGGUCCGAUUUUGAGUAUAACACGGCGGAUCUCUCAUGUCAGUAUCCCCGCAUACGAUAGCCAAUCCUCGGUAGACGACUCGAUCCGAGAACGAUAUACAUAUACAGAGGCUUACGAAGAUGACCCUGAAGCUCUCAUCCGUACAGCUGAGCCCAGCGUCGGCUUACACGUAGUUUAUGACGUCCUUCUUUCGCCCACUUACCAAGUCCCCGUUCUGUAUUUCAAUUUACGGCCGACUGAUCAUCCCGGACCGCUGGGGAUCGACGCAGUCUACCGAUAUUUGGUACCGAGCCAAUACAGAAAGGAACUCCAAAGCGUGGGUGUCAUGGGUGGGAUUAGUCUGGGCUAUCAUCCAGAAUCCGGAACUCCAGCAUUCUUCGUCCACCCGUGCAACACUGCGGAUGCUAUGAGGCAAAUCGCAGGACACCGGCGUGUCACCCCCGAGACGUAUCUCAUUAUUUGGCUCGGGUUAGUCGGAAAUCGUUUGGGUCUUCAACUGCCUAGGGAUUUCUUCGCGACAGAUGAGAUGCGAGGGAACUGA